AUGUUGCUGGCUAUUGCAUUCAUUCCAGUCAAUAAUAUUAUUGAAUGCUUUGAAAAUUUAAAAGAUGAUGCUCCAUUGCUAGUAUUACCUCUAUUUGUCUACUUUCGUGAACAAUGGUUGGAAACCAUCGAUCCGACUUUAUGGAAUAUGUAUGGGAUUAGAAGGCGAACUAAUAACGAUGUGGAAGGAUGGCAUAACCGUUUUUCUAGGUUGAUUGGAAAAUACCAUCCGAAUAUUUAUCAAUUUGUUGAAAAACUCCUUGCUGAACAAGCAACCACAACCUUACAACAGAUUCGAGGCGGCCAAAAUGUAGGCAACAACAAUAAAAUCUAUCUUCAAAUAAAUAAUAGGAUUACUAGAUUACAAGAACAAUUUGACGAUGGCGAUAUAAACGUCUAUGAAUAUCUUAGUAAAGUCUCUUACAAUAUUAGUAAUCCUAUUGCUUUGUAA